AUGGCGUCCAAGGUCGAUGCUCGGCUCUUGAAGUCGACCAAGUUCCCCUCCGAGUUCAAUCAAAAGGUGGACACGGAAAAGGUCAACCUGCCCGUCAUGAAAAAAUGGAUUGCGAAGAGAAUCUGCGAGAUUCUCGGAAGCGAGGACGACGUCUUGAUUGAGCUGUGCUGCAACCUCAUUGAAGGUUCACGAUAUCCCGAUAUAAAGUCAGUGCAGAUUCAGAUCACUGGCUUUCUCGACAAAGACACCGCUCCAUUCUGCAAGGAUCUCUGGAACCUACUGCUGAGUGCCCAAAGUAGUUCUCAGGGCGUGCCAAAGGAGCUGCUUGAGGCCAAGAAGCUUGAGCUCAUGCAAGGAAAGAUGGACGCCGACCGGGAAAACACGCGCCGCGGCUGUGGACCUCAAGACUCGAAAGAAGGAGAACGCCGAGACUCGAGACAAGUUGGAGAUUCCUGGCACGCACAGGGACGGCGAGGAGAUCGACGCGGAGCGCGUGACUCGUACGGCCGCGACAGCUACGUUCCCCAGCCAAGACGGGGACGCGAUCAACCGGAGCCCGUCCAGAGGCAGCUCGCAUUCGCCGACUCCCCCAAGACGCAGGCCCUCACCAGCUCGACCCCAAUAUUCCCGAAAGAGAAGCAGGUCUCCCCGUCCCGAUUCUCAGUAUCAGCGACGUGGCUACGAUGCUCGCGAUCGGCGCUACGCGCGUGGAAAUCCACGCUCCAGCACUCCCGAUACCUCGCCAGCUGCGAAGCGAAGACGACGUUCUCGAUCGCGAAGCUCGUCGGUGGAACGUCACAGCCGCAGCCUCAGUCGCAGCCUCAGUGA